AUGGCCGUUGGUCUUGCUGAAUCGCCCAGCCGGGGGCUGGCUCCAAUGCCAACACUGAACGCUGCAAAGCUCCUGUCACGAGACGCGGACGAAUCUCAACGCCUCCUGCAAGCUUGCAAGGUGUAUGGGUUCUUCUACCUCAAUUUGGAAACUCCACCAACGGGCUUUAUGGUCAAGGCUUGGCGCGAUGUCUUGUCGUUCAUGGACGAUUACUUCGACUUGCCGGAUGCGACCAAGAUGCUAGAUGCUCAUGACUCAGACAUAACUGGUUACGAACCGUGCGGAACUUCCACCGGUGCUAAGCCUGGGCAUGUCGAUCAUUACGAAAGUCUCAAGGUCUCUCUCGAGCAGUGUCUUUCGGGCGUUGAGGCCAACUUGCCAGCCGCUAUUGCCAAGAACAAGGAGCUCUUCACGUCUUUCGUCCAGGGAGCUCAUGAGCUGACUUUAUCCAUGCUCUCAUGCCUCGCUCUCGCAAUGGGCCUGCCCCCGGGCGUGAACAAGAUCGAGGCUGCCCACGACACCUCCCGGGCGUCGACAAGCACAAUGUCCAUGUUCCGGUACCCGGCGCAGACCGAGGAGGAGGCCCGGAACGCCGGCGGGCACAACCAGCACACCGACAUUGGCACGCUCACCUUCCUCCUGUGCCAGCAGCCCGGCCUGCAGGUCCUCUCGCCGCAGCUCAACAAGUGGCUCGACGUCGAGCCCAGGCCGGGCCACGCAAUCAUCAACGUCGGCGACUCCCUCCGCUACCUCUCGGACCAGCAGCUCUUCUCGGCCGUGCACUGCGUCCUGCCGCACGAGGGCCGCCAGCUGCAGCACCGCCACUCGAUCGCGUUCUUCCUCCGCCCCGCCGACGACGCCGAGUACACCGACUCGCGCGGCGCCAAGAUCACCGCGAGGGAGUGGCACAACCUCAAGUUUGACCACUUCCGCGCGUCCCACGCAGAACAGGCCAACAAUGUCAUCCUGACGGGCGGGAUGGAGAAGGCGGGCAUACACCGCGCUCAUGACAGCAGCAGCGCUGGCCAGACAGUGGCGGCAUAG